GCAUGGAUUUGGGGCCUCCAUCGAGUUUGGGAACAGUGAGAGGCACAGCAGUACGGGAUUUGAUUCCAUGAUUCCAUCACUCUCCGCUCAACAACCACGACAACGACAGCAAUAACUACCUUUAGAGAGGAACCAAUGGCCUUUCACUGACUCACAUCACAACCAAACAACACAGAAAAGGGAAACCAAGAGCUCAUUCAUGGAGGUUAAAGCCAGAGCUCCAGGCAAGAUCAUACUCUCAGGGGAACAUGCUGUUGUUCAUGGAUCCACGGCUGUUGCUGCCUCUAUCAACUUAUACACCUACGUUACUCUCCGCUUCUCCACCCCUUCCGACGAUCAGGAUUCGUUGAAACUUGUGUUGAAGGACGAGGGUUUAGAGUUCUCGUGGCCGACUAACAGAAUCAAACAAGAGUUUCCGGAAUCAUCAGCUGAGCCGCAAUCUCCGGCGCCACCAUCGUGCUCCGUCGAGUCUGCCAAGUCUAUUGCAUCUCUCGUUGAAGGACUCAACAUUCCUGAGGCCAAGAUCGCUAUUGCUUCUGGUGUUUCUGCUUUCCUUUGGUUAUACACUUCCAUUCAUGGAUUUAAGCCUGCUACUGUGUCUUUCACUUCUGAACUUCCCAUGGGUUCCGGCCUCGGAUCAUCAGCCUCGUUUUGCGUGGCGCUGGCGGCUGCCUUGCUCGCCUGCACUGAUUUUGUUUCUCUGGAUUUGAAACAACAAGGAUGGCAGUCUUUUCAGGAGAAGCAACUUGAUUUGGUAAAUAAAUGGGCUUUUGAAGGCGAGAAGAUCAUCCACGGAAAGCCCUCUGGAAUUGACAACUCUGUUAGCGCAUAUGGUAACAUCAUAAGUUUCAAGUCUGGUAGCAUGACACACAUGAAGGCAAAUACGUUACUGAAAAUGCUCAUAACUAACACCAAAGUAGGGAGAAACACGAAAGCAUUGGUGGCUGGUGUUUCAGAGAGGAUGCUAAGGCACCCGGACGCAAUGGCUUUUGUGUUCAGUGCUGUUGAUUCUAUUAGCCAGGAAUUAACCUUGAUUUUGCAGUCACCAGCCUCAGAUGAUGUUCUCUCUGUAACGGAGAAAGAAGAGAAGAUAGGGGAACUGAUGGAAAUGAAUCAAGGUUUGCUCCAAUCUAUGGGGGUUAGUCAUGUCACAAUAGAAACUGUUCUUAGAACGACAUUGAAGUACAAGUUGGCUUCUAAAUUGACCGGAGCUGGUGGUGGUGGCUGUGUUCUCACACUGCUUCCAACAUGUAUCCUCUUUACUCCUCAUCUUGAUUCUGAUUCAGUUGUUCGCUUAAGGUUUCGUUGUCGAAAAAGUAGUUGCUGAAUUGGAGUCAUGCGGGUUCCAGUGUUUCACUGCCGAAAUUGGUGGGAAAGGUGUUGAAGUUAACUUUGAGGUGUCAUCUUGAUCUUUCUCUUUUGUCCGGAAGGAUUACCGUCGGUGAUUGAAGAUCUUCAAAAUAAAUAGCAUGAAAAAUAUAUGCUUCAAUUUUUUUGCAUGUAAUUAAUUUCUAGCAUAACUUUGGAUUUGUUGGUACUCGGAACACAUUUUUUUGUAACCGUGAAUUGGUGAACACGUAGUUCUUAACACCACAAUUAUUUUUUGUUCCA